GUUGUUCAAUGCUAGACAUCAGUCGUUUAAUUUUCUUUCGGGUUACUAAAUUUAUUGUUACAUAUCAUCAAUUUUUAAAAUAAUAAUCGCACCGACAAACAAUACAACAUAUUCUGCAGAUCAUUCGAAUCAACUUGUAGAAAAUGACACUGAAUAAUGUAUCAACUGUGUUAUAGUAUCAAGAUCUUGACAUAAUUUUGUUUAAUUAACAGCAGUCGCCGACAUCAUGGACUACAUAAAAGAUUUUCAAAUACAAUUAGAUAAGGAAAUGUUUUAUGCCGGUGAAAUACUUGAGGGCCAAGUGAUUUUAAACACAAUCGAGAACUUCAAGCUAAAAUCUAUGAGGAUAGUACUCAGAGGAAAAGCUCACGCCGAAUGGAAAGUUUUAGAUAACAUUGCCGGGCCGACUGUAAUGGACGAACAAUGUUUUGUGGAAAAUAAGUCUAUAUUAGGGGACAGCUCUGUUCCAAUUUUGCCACGUGGACUACACCAAUUCCCAUUUAGGUUUCAGUUACCUCAGACUUCACUACCGUGUUCAUUUGAAAGCAAACCGGGAUAUAUUAGAUACUACAUUAAGGUUACACUCGAUAUUCCAUAUGCAUCGUCGCCCCAUGGGAUGAAAUACAUUACUGUCAUAGGACCGCAUAUAGAUUGCAUGGACGAUCAAUAUCUAAAACCUAUUGAAAAGGUGGAAAAGAUGUCAAGAUGCUGCAUGUGUUACAAAAGGAACAAAAUAGUGUUGGAUUGCUAUCUAGAGAGAACGGCAUAUGUAUGCGGCGAGGCACUGCGGCUUAAAGCCAACAUAAAGAACCAAAAUAAAAGUGACAUAAGGCUCAAAGUCAAGUUAUUUCAAAAUGUGCACUAUACAAUCAAAAAGAAGCAGAGUCCGACUAACUCAAUAUAUCAAAAGGACGUCCAACAUUUAGUGCUGGAGUAUACUGGCGAACCCAUCCAAAAUGGGUGUGUGUCGCAAUGGGACUCUGCCGAUGGUCUGAUCUUACCGGUGAUGCCGCCAACAUUGGUAUUGGGUAUCUGCAAACUUUUGCAAAUCUAUUAUGUACUACAGGUUUGUGUAGAUUUGGGUAAUGGCGUCGAAGAUCUUAACAUGUGUUUUCCAAUAACAAUUGGAACGGUACCUUUCCGAAUACCUAAUCGUAACCAAACACCAAAAAUAUAUUACAGUGUAGCGUGUGAACAUGUGGAGGGCGGCAAAUAUAUUGGACCCGAGUUCAUGCUUGGCGACGUAUACGACGGUACUCAUGCAGAACAGGUUGUUAUAUACAGACCUGUAUACGUGUCCAUAAGGGAGCCCGAUGACGUUCCUAAUCCAAUCGCCACCUCUUAAUAAACGAUGAGACCCCGCGUUUGUGUUAUAGUGAUGGGAAUGAUAAAUUAUAAUUUUCUAUAACACUAUUAAACAUUUACACGUUGUCUGUUGACGAUAAUUCAGACAAACCUGCACAAAUUUCGGGCAUACUUGAAAAACAUAUAAUCAACACCAUCUGUGUAGAUUAUUAUUAUUUAAUAUACUAAGUAUAAUUUGGAAGAAGAAUAUACACAAAAUGUACAAUAAAUUGUACCCAAUAUAUCUACAAAUUAAAGAACUGUAGGCUUAUUAGAUAACAUAUUGUGCUUAUCGCAAGUUGAGAAUUAAUGGCGAAAGUGUAUAAUAUCUUAGAUAAUAAAAUCUAUCUAAAAUGUAAGGAGUGAGAGGGUAGAUUAAAAUCCGAUGUAUUCCUUGUUGGCCAAAGGAGUAUGAUAUAUUAGCGUUUACAUUUACCCUUAAUCAACGAAUAAGCACAAUAUAAGUUACCAUACAAUUAAUUUUGAUUUUUUAGUGAUUUUAAUUAGUUGUGAUUUAGUCUUUGAUAAUCAUCUUUCUUGAUUAUACAAGUUUAAAACUUAACCCGAAAAUCGCAAUUUUCAUUUAUCCUCUUCUGCCAUAACAUCACAUGAUUAUAACUAACCUCGCCACAGAUAAUUAGGCUGCGGUAAAAACGUGUUACCCAAUAAUAAAGACAAGUUAUGCUGUUAUGGUAAUUAUUAUCUUGAUAUAUUAUUCAAUGUUUUCAUUAUUAAUUUUGUUUUAUUUAAUUUAAUUUGAAAAAAUCAAUCUAAAUUAAAUAUGCUGUACAAACCAACUCAACAUUAGUUUAUAGAUUUUUUUCUUCGUACAUUUGAU